AGCACCCAACACUAUCGCUAUGUGUGGACUGUGGCCUCCGCUCUUCCUACACGUACACGUGUUUUUCUUCAACCGCGGUAUUAGUACUGCUUUUUGGGAGAUGAAAUAAAUUUGCGCAGGCAUGGGUGCGACUACAUUUCUCUCCCACGGGCCUCUCGCCUGUAUUUCACGUCCAGGGUAUCAACUUGAGUGUGCUGCUCAGAUCCAAUGGAAGGAAUGCAAUCAAAGUGAUAGAUGUAUAUUGUUAUCUGGAUCAUCAUCAUUCUCUAGAAGUUUGAGAAGAAGAUUUUGUAUCAGAGUGAUAGGUGCAAAAGACUGCAAGACAGAAUGUUGCUUAGCCACAUGUUCAUACCAUUUCAUGGGUUCUUCUUUCCCUGGGACAACCAAGCUGAAUUCAUGCCAUGGGGGAUCUAGCAAAACAGUCAUCAGAUAUUCAAGAAGUAUACAAUCUAUGAGAGAGGAUAUUGGAAAAAAUGACAUUUUUAUUCCUGAUAACUCAUGUAGAAUUAACUGUACAAAGUUUGGAAACUUGAGGAAGAUUGAUGCCUCCUGUAAUGUAAAGAGCCAACAUUCAGAAGGUGUUGAAAUAAUCGAUUUGAAGUUUGGGUCACAGAAAGAUAGUGGAAAUGAUAUAGCUGAAGAUUGCACACAAGUACCCAAAUUGACAAGUGAAUCUGUAAAUUUCAAUAAAACACUAAUCAGUGUUAUUUCUGAAAAUGAUAUAGAAGGAUCUUCAUGGUGGGAGGAAUUUCCAAAGCGAUGGGUGAUAGUGGUUCUUUGUUUCUUUGCCUUUCUCCUAUGCAAUAUGGAUCGUGUAAAUAUGAGUAUUGCAAUCCUCCCUAUGUCUGCAGAGUUUGGCUGGAGCCCUACAACAGUUGGUUUGAUACAAUCUUCAUUUUUCUGGGGAUACCUCCUUACUCAGAUUGCUGGAGGUAUAUGGGCUGACAAAGUUGGAGGAAAGCUAGUGUUGGGUUUUGGAGUGAUAUGGUGGUCAAUUGCCACAAUGCUGACACCAAUAGCAGCAAAAAUUGGACUUCCAGCAUUGCUUUUUGUUCGUGUUUGCAUGGGGAUUGGUGAGGGGGUUGCGAUGCCUUCCAUGAGCAAUUUACUCUCUAGGUGGGUUCCUGUUGAAGAAAGAAGCAGAUCAUUGGCAUUAGUGUAUAGUGGAAUGUACCUUGGUUCAGUAACAGGGCUGGCCUUCUCUCCAACUCUUAUACACAAUUUUGGCUGGCCUUCUGUUUUUUUUUCGUUUGGUUCUCUUGGUGCAGUUUGGUUUGCUACAUGGCAGAAAAAUGGAUAUAGCUCACCACUUGAAGACCCCCAUCUUCGCGUAGAAGAGAAGAAUUUGAUCUUGGGUAAUAGCAAAGAAAAAGAAAGAGUUGAAUCAAUUCCAUGGAGAUUGCUAUUGUCAAAACCACCUGUGUGGGCAUUGAUAACUUCACACUUUUGCCACAAUUGGGGAACUUUCAUUCUUCUCACUUGGAUGCCAACAUAUUAUAAUCAGGUUUUAAAGUUUAACCUCACCGAGUCUGGGCUAUUCUGUGUUCUUCCUUGGUUUACCAUGGCUCUUUCUUCUAAUUUGGGAGGAUGGAUUGCUGAUACACUAGUGAGCAGAGGCACGUCAAUCACAGUUGUUCGCAAGGUUAUGCAGUCAAUUGGCUUCCUCGGUCCAGCAUUUUUCUUGACUCAACUGAGCCAUGUCAACUCUCCAGCAAUGGCAGUUUUAUGCAUGACAUGCAGCCAAGGAUGUGAUGCCUUUUCUCAGUCUGGGCUUUAUUCUAAUCAUCAGGAUAUUGGCCCACGCUAUGCUGGCGUGUUGCUGGGCCUGUCAAACACUGCUGGAGUUCUAGCAGGUGUUCUCGGUACUGCAGCAACUGGAUACAUUUUACAAAAUGGAUCCUGGGAUGAUGUAUUCAAGGUGGCUGUUGGGUUAUAUCUGCUUGGAACUGUAAUAUGGAACACCUUUUCAACAGGAGAGCAGAUCUUUGACUAGCGCUGAUCUUCAAACUAUUCUUGAUUAGAAUCUGCUAAAUGACAAACCAAGCAGUCCCUAAGGUGUGAUACAGACCACUGAAACAAUCAAGUGGCUUUCAGCAGGUGGGAGGCUGUUGAUAUUUUAGUGACCCAGCGGCUUAUCCUCUCAACCAAUGAUAAAAAUAAAAAUGAGAUUGGGACGUUGUAUAUAUAGUAUUACAGUGAAUCCGACCUCUAUUUUCAGUCUGAAUAUAAUAUAGAUGCAAUCAAGCGCAGUUAAUCUAAUGUCCGUUCAGAAGAUGAACAGUUCCAGCAGCACGUGUCUGGCCAGCCAACCAAAGCGUGAAACCUUUUAACAAUUUUAUAUUAUUUAAAGUAAUUGUGGUCAGAUGGGAACAUCGAUGUCAAGGGCUAAGUGAUCCCUUACUGCAAAAAAAAAUAGAAUCCAUGUUAUAUGGUGCAGUGAAUGGUCCUGCUAAGUGAUCUAGAAUGAACGGUCAGCUUCUUUCAUGUUAAUGAAUAGUCCUGCUAAGCUUCUUUCAUGUUAGAAAUGCUAAGCUUCUUAUGCUGUCCAAAACUGUCCAAAAAGCUUGUGAGAAAUUAAAAAUAGUCCUGCUAAGCUUCUUUCAUGUUAGAAAUGCUUUCACAUAAUGUCUAUGCCAGCACAAACUGUGAUUUAGAAUGAAUAGUCCUCGUUGUAGUCAGUUCCUAUUCUUAUGCUGUACUAUUCCUUACAAUCAAACAUGUAUCAUAUAUACCUCAGAAUGUUAAAAUAGAGUUUUUUUUCAGUACA